UAAAUAAUUCACAGGGCGAUCGAGAUCGACAGAUACCUCUCCAAGUCCACAGCCACAAGAGAGAGGUCGAGGAAGGCGAAGAAGAAAAUCGAGAUCGAGGUGAUGGCAGGUUGCUGCUGCAGGUUCCUGGAGAUCCUCUGCGCCAUCCUCCUCCCCCCUGUUGGCGUCUGCUUCCGCCAUGGCUGCUGCAGCCUGGAGUUUUGGAUCUGCGUGGUGCUGACCAUCCUCGGCUACAUCCCGGGCAUCAUCUACGCCGUCUACGUCAUCCUCUGCGUCUCUCCGGCGGCGGACUACUUCCUUCUCGUUUAGGCCUCGACGCCGAGCAUCAAAAUCCGUCGCCUUGAUUCCCUGUUUCCUGUCGCAUAUUUUUCUCAUAAUUUCUCCUAUUGUGGACCGCUCGAUAUUGUAGACUUGUUCAUGGCUGCUCGAGCUGGAAGAUGAAUUUGUGGGCUUUGAAGAAACCCUCUUCUUGUUCUUGUUGUUGAAAUCACCAUGAAUGGUAAAGCUCCCUUUUAUA